CUGCUCGAUAUUAUUAUGGUCUGUCGGGAAUUCAGAGUGGCAGAGGGACCGGAGGAAAAAAAAAAAAAGAUCUGCCUCGCUAACGCUAGCAAGCUAACGGUAGGUUGCACUGGAGUCAACAUGGAGCUGUCUGCCGUCGGGGAGAGGGUGUUCGCCGCCGAGUCUAUCAUCAAACGCAGGAUAAGGAAGGGUCGUCUCGAGUAUCUUGUGAAAUGGAAGGGCUGGUCUCCUAAAUACAGCACAUGGGAACCGGAAGAAAAUAUUCUGGACUCCCGCCUGUUUGUGGCUUUCGAGCAGAGGGAGCGAGAGAGGGAACUCUUCGGGCCCAAGAAAAGAGGACCGAAACCCAAGACCUUUCUUCUCAAGGCCCAAGCCACCAAGUCUUAUGAGUUUAGAAAUGAGGCAAUGCGAGGGAUGCGCUUCAGCUACCCCACACCAGAGCCCGUUGAUACCCGCAGGGCCAGAGAAGGCCUGAGUGCUGUGGUUCCCACACUUUUCCCACCCAGCACUGUUAACGGAGGAGAAAGCGUAUUUGUUAGACCACCAGAUGUGGCCCAUGAGCAACAAGCAAAUUCUGAAAGGCUGUUGCAUAUACCCAAAAAAAGAGGGCCAAAGCCAAAGCUCCGUUUUCAGGACGGCGUCUCUGCAGCCUCCGAGCCAGAUGAGAGGAGAAGCGAUGAGUUGGCCAGCCAUAGACCUCAAAAACUGUUGAAGCUGCAGGGUGGCGAAGACGUUAGACUGUGCAAAGUUCCCCAUCACAGAUACCCCGAGAACCACAGUCACGGCCAUAAACGCCAUCGCCCCCACCACCGUCACCACCAGCAGCAGCACCGCCACCACCAUAAUUUACAAAACCAGCCAAUGACAGCUGCGGGAUCCUAUCAACACCUUUACACUGACAGCGACCUGUCCUCGCACAGGAACGCACACAGGACUACAAACAGCUCAGGCCACGCCAAGCACCAGAUUGGCUCCACCCAACUCCUGCCCAUGGAAAAGCCUUACUUUUUGGACAAGCCGUCCCCAACCCGACUGGACGUCAAUUUGGACGAGGUGACGUGGCGACCGUCUCUGUGCAAUGUGGAAAAGGUCCUGGUGACUGAUGUGACCGCCAACUUUCUGACUGUCACCAUCAAGGAGAGCAGCACUUCAAAUGGCUUUUUUAAAGACAAGAGAUGAAGUGGACACAUCACACCCCAAUGGCGUGU